AUGAAUCAGAGGAUAGCCAUUGGCCUUGUGCUUCUUGCCACAUGCAUAAUAAAGAUAAAUUCCGCGCCUAUUCCGGGGCAAACUUAUCAAUUAACACCCAGUGAUCCAUUCGUUCAGGUGAGUUGAAAAGAGGUCUAGAGAAGUUUUCAACGCUUGGAUUUUUUUGAAAUUCUGAACACACGUGAUGUCUAGGACACGUAUCAAUUCCGGAAAAUUUCAGCCGCCCUGUUUUAAGGAGAGCCGAGAUAUUGAAAUUUUAUGAGAGAUUUCUGGUAAUGGAGAGAGCGGCCAUAGAAAAGAUUGCUUUUUGGCCGUAUUUUCGCCAAUCUGGCGCGGAGAAAAAUGACAUUUUGUGGAAGUAUUGGUGAAAAAUUAAGAGACCUCAUUGAUUUUCUAACAUUCUAACAAUUGCAAUAAAAAAAAAUUUUUUUUGCAAAAAUUUUGCGUUUUUUCGACCAAAAAUCUCAAUCGUCAUCAUCAAGCGUUAGUGAAAAAUUUGCAUCAUUCUGAAAAAACUAUGAUCUAGAUUUGAGCCGAAUUUCCAUUGUUUUCAUAGACCAAGCACAAACUCGUUUUUAAAUUCACAUUUACUGACCUAUCAAAAAAAAAAUUUCAGGAGCUAGCCGAACAUGCCACAAGACAAAUCCAACUCCGAGAUGGAGGUGACAAACAAAUCCUUUUCUUGAAUGUGGAGAAAGCCGAAGCUACAAUCGACGAAAAUGGCCGGUCGUAUGAGGUCCGAUUCCAAGCUGGUCUCACAAAUUGCUUCUUGGUGAGUUUUUGAACCAAAAAAAUGGUGGAAAUUGAGCUGAAAAACAUUUUUCUUUAAAAAAUACAUAUUCCUAGAGGCCUGAAAAAGUUGACAAGUCCUCUAAAUUACCGUACAUUGCAUAUAUUUUCCCAAAUUCUUCAAAAAUCAUCAUUUUUUACCCUCAAAUUUUUCUAUUUUUCCCAUCAAUUUCACCACUUUUUAGGGCGAGGAAUGCGAUGAAUGGAACGUCGAAGACAAAAAUCUCUAUUUGGCCUCGAUAUUUGUCCCAGAGCAAGGCGGCCAAGUCGAAUAUGACAUCAAUGUGGUACCCUUGAAGAACAUCCCCUGGGGCGGCGGUGAAGCCUCUGGAUAUGGCUGCAAGUCUAUGGCAUGCGGCAUCGAAUAA